UUUAUAUUGUAUAUCCUGCCAUAAAUUGUGUAUGGUAUGAUUUAUUAAGGUACGAUGGAGUGCCUUCUUUCACAUUCAGACAUGGAUUGAUCUUGAGCUAGGUGGAUGCCGGCCCCCAGUCUGCAUAUUGCCUGGUGCAUAGAGUUCAGAGCUAUAAUACAGAGUUCCAAUGUGGAGAGUCUUCAGUCUGUAUCAACCUCAGCACCACCAAAACUGGUCUAUUUCAGACACACAGAUGUUUAAACCUUUGGUCUGUUAAGCUUGGCCUUCAGCAGGAACCAAAGGCAGUGAUAAGCACCCGCUUUACACGUGUAGCUGUACAUGGGUCUGCAGCAGAGUCCCUCUGUGCUGGUCCUGGGCUUUCUGUUCAAACUUAAACAUUUAGAUCCUGAACGACCUUGUGUGUCCUUGCUUGAACUGUCAUUUGUAUCAGUUAGUGGGACUGAAGGCAAAGGAUUAUAAUGAAAUUUAUUUUGAAUUAUUGAUAAUUAUGUGAUUCUCAAACCAGAAACCCUGGAUGACCAGCCAGAUCCGCACACUUCUCAAAGCCCGGGAUGCUGCCUUCAGGUCGGGCGACUGAGUUCUGUACAGGUCUGCUCAACCCGAUCUGAAAGAAGCUAAGACGGACCAUAAAAGUAGCAUAGAGUCCCACCUGUCCAGCAACAACACACGGGGGGUGUGGUUGGGCAUACAAGACAUCCUAAACCACAGAGGCUGCACUGUGAAAACAGGAAACUUAAGUGCGCCACUGCUGAAGGAGAUAAACACUGGAAGUAGAAGUACUGAGCAUCUCCAUCAUAGUCAGCAUUGGCAGUGAAAACAGCUCAGUUGAUCAUCACGUGAAUGCAGAGAAGCAGGAAAGGAGGAGGGCUGAAACUGCACGUCAGAGGUGAUUUCACAAUUGUACUGAUGCUGUUGUGUGUAUAAAGAACGAUCAGCAGCUUUCAGCCAGCCAAACGCCGUCUAUACACACGAGGAAGAGAUGGAGACUAUGAAGACUCUGCUGAAGGUUUAUCUGCUGCUGCUGAUCGGACCUCCCUUCACUCUGGAACAAUCAGUGGGCCAGUACAUCACCGAGCUCCAGGUGUCUCUGGAUGAAGCUGAAGAGACGUAUCUUAGCAGUCAAGGUUUCAUCAAAAUCGAUGUUGAUCUGAACAAAGGAGCUGAAGGAAAAUACAUCUACCUUUGGUACAAAAAAGGCAGCAGCUCACCAAUCACCAGGAUUCAGCUUACAUUCAAUGAUGGCAUGAGCAGGGGUCUGAUCACUGCAGGUUACCAGAAGAUUAACAAGAACCUCAAUGCCGGAACAAGUGGAGACUACAUCUACCUGUGGUACUACAGAGGUAACUCAGAGUACGAUGUUCCCAUUGUGAACCUUCAUGUCUCUAUAGAAGCAAGAGAGGAAGCCCAGAUGUUUGUAUAUGGAUAUGAGAGACUGGCCUGUGAUCUGAACCGGAAAGCUAGAGGAAAAUGGAUCUACCUGUGGGUGAAGAGGGAGAGACCAACCUACAUCUGUGACAUCACUGCCAAUGCUGACUAUGAUGGAGAUGCUGACUACUUCCAGAACGGCUACAUCAGAGUGGAUGAAGAUACCAACAGAGGUGCAGGAGGAUCCUUUGUCUUCAUCUGGUACCGUCAGACAACUAACUCUCAAAGAGCCAUCACAGAUCUGAAGAUCUCCACUGAUAAUAUAGACGAGAUAUUGUUUUGGUAUAUGGGCUUUACAAGGGUAACUACUGAUCUAAGCAAGGGGGCAGGAGGAAGUUACGUGUACCUGUGGUACAAGAAAGACUCCGGUCAUCCCGUUCGGGCGGUCUCUGUGAUCGUCAACACAGCAGCUGUGGAGCAGUACAGAUAUCCCAGGGUCUUCAUUAGACAAAACAACCUCAACAGUGGGAACAAAGGUAAUACGCUGUACCUGACCUUCAGUUCGUUUUAGUAACAGAGCUGGGAAUGCUCACUGGGCAGAAACCAAAGAGUCUAUGGUGUUCCUGUUUAACCAGUUUGAUUGUUUUUCUUUCCUUUCUCAAAUGAUGUUCACCCACUGUGAUCUCAGAUCUU